UAUCUUGGGGAACUCUGGUUUUGUGGUAUCCUUGCAAUAAUUAGCUAAAGGCCACCUAUAUAAUCAGUGUUGAGCUAGAGUCUGCCUGAUCCCAGAGGAGUGUUUCCUGUUUCAUGCAGGCGCUAGUACCUGAAGAUGCAAAUGAGCUCAUUGUGAAGACAGGGCCGUGACCUGGUACAAAGAAGGCAGGGCUUCUUGCACCUGGGCGGCCUCCGCACUGCCUUGUACAACUACAUCUUUGCCAAGAAGCACCAAGGGAGCUUCAUCCUGAGGCUGGAGGACACGGAUCAGACCCGUCUUGUGCCUGGGGCAGCAGAGAAUAUUGAGGACAUGCUCGAGUGGGCAGGCGUUCCCCCAGACGAGAGCCCCCGGCGCGGAGGCCCUGCUGGGCCCUACCUGCAGUCUCAGCGGCUUGUACUCUACUCCCAGGCCGCCGAAGCCCUGCUGAAGAGCGGCGCUGCAUACCCGUGUUUCUGCUCACCCCAGCGGCUGGAGCUCCUGAAGAAGGAGGCCCUGAGGAACCGCCAGACGCCCCGGUAUGACAAUCGGUGCCGAAGCCUGAGCCAGGCGCAGGUGGCCCAGAAGCUGGCCACGGACCCCAAGCCUGCCAUCCGCUUCCGCCUGGAGGGGGAGGCGCCAGCCUUCCAGGACUUGGUAUAUGGCUGGAAUCGGCAUGAGGUGGCCAGUGUGGAGGGGGACCCGGUCAUCCUGAAGAGCGAUGGCUUCCCCACGUACCACCUGGCCUGUGUGGUGGACGACCACCACAUGGGCAUCAGCCACGUGCUGCGGGGCUCCGAGUGGCUGGUCUCCACCGCCAAGCACCUGCUUCUCUACCAGGCCCUGGGCUGGCAGCCCCCACACUUUGCCCACCUGCCCCUGCUCCUCAACAGGGAUGGCAGCAAGCUGUCCAAGAGGCAAGGGGACAUCUUCCUGGAGCAUUUUGCUGCCACUGGCUUCCUGCCGGACGCCUUGCUUGACAUCAUCACCAACUGCGGCUCGGGGUUUGCAGAGAACCAGAUGGGCCGGACCUUGCCAGAGCUGAUCACACAGUUUGACCUGAGCCGGGUCACCUGCCACUCAGCCCUGCUGGACCUGGAGAAGCUUCCAGAAUUCAACAGGCUGCACCUCCACCGGCUGGUGGGCGACGAGACCCAGAGAUGCCAGCUGGUGGGCCAGCUGCAGGCCCUGGUGGAGGAGGCGUUCGGGAGCCAGCUGCAGGACAGAGAGGUGCUAGACCCGGCCUACGUGGAGAGGAUCAUCCUGCUGAGACAGGGUCACAUUUGCCGCCUGCAAGAUCUGGUCUCCCCAGCGUACUCCUACCUGUGGACCCGCCCUGCGGUGGGUCGAGCGCAGCUGGGUGCCAUCUCAGAGAAGGUGGACAUCAUUGCCAGGCGUGUGCUGGGACUUUUAGAAGGACCUGGUACGAACUUAACUCAGGACAUGCUGAAUGGAGAACUGAAGAAGCUGUCAGAUGGUCUGGAAGGCAUCAAACACAGUAACGUGAUGAAGCUCCUCCGAGUGGCCCUCAGUGGACAGCAGCAAGGACCUCCGGUAGCUGAGAUGAUGGUGUCUUUGGGACCAAAGGAAGUGCGGGAACGAAUACAGAAGGUGCUCUGCAGCUAAAGAGAAGGUGGCAGGACGGUGGAGGUGGCCGCAGGAGCCGCUCUUGCAGGAGCCGCCCUCGGAGGCGAGGAGCAGGAGGCCUGGGCCCGGCGAGAGCUUGCGAGAGGAACCAGGAGUGGACACAGCCUCUGGGUGCACAGGUGCAUGUAUGGCUCCACGCCAGGCCCAUCCUUAUCAGCUGGCUGGGGACGCCCAGGCCCGUCUCACCUCCCUGAGUCUGGAAAGGAAGGCCUCACAUCUGGUUGUGACACCCCAGUACACAGCAGAGGUUAGGAGCUGCCUCACAGAAUAGUGGCAGCCGGAGCUUCAGUCUGCCUGGGCUGCCAUGACGGAAGACCACAGACUGGUGGCCUGAACAACAGGAAGUGAUUCUCUCACAGUUCUGCAGGCGGGCGGUCCAAGAUCAGGGUGGCGGCAGGUUUCGUUUCUCCUGACGCCCCCCUCCUUGGCUUGCACACAGUUGACUUUUUGCUCUGUCCUUCCACAGUCUUGCCUCUGUCUAUGCCCUCGCUAUCUCUGUCUGUCCAAAUGCCUUCUUCUCACGAGGACACCAGUCAGAUUGGGUUAAGGCCCAGCCUCACAGCCCAGUUUGGGCUUCAUCACCUGUUUAUCAUCCCUGUCUGCAAAUUCAGUCACAUUCCGAGGUACUGGGAGGUUGGGGCUUCAACAUGAGUUUUGUGGGGAACACAGCUCAGCCCAUAUGUAACAGCUUGGCAGUGGCCUGGACUCUUAGACUCCAGUUCUCAAACCCAGUUUGACUUUGGAGCAGUGAUUGACAAGCAGGCCUGAACUGUCUGUCAGACCUUCUUUGGGGCUGCCCAGGGGGAACACUUAGGUUUUAUACUACUCUUUGUCCCUGGACUUAGGGCAGGCUAUGUCUCCCUUCCCUAAAGGCUAUAUCUUCCUCUUUUCCAGUUCUCCAGAACAAGUCCUUAGACUGGAGACCUUCACUCUGCCUAUUUUGCAUCUUCAUAUUCACUGCCUCCUUCCACCCAUUGUUUAUAAAUCACUGUCUGAGAGUUUCUGAAAUGAGAUGUUCUUGGGGUGAAUAGGAAUAACUCAGUGAAAGGAGGAUGGUAACUGGCUACCAAGGCCCUCUACAGGGUUUCUGGGCUUCCCCUGUGCGGCCCCCAGUCAUCUUCAUCGCUAUCUCCUGGCAUUUACAUGGAAGAUGGCUGCCUUGUGUGAUGUGUCGUGGCUUCCGUCUUAUUCCACGUGGUGAAGACACUCAAACAGAUACGGAUCGGAGGCCUCCUGACAACAGCCGUAAGAAUGGGCCAUCUUGGAAGUCGGUCUUGCAGCCCCAGUCAAGCAGCCUUGCAAUGCUGGCUUGCAAUGCAGCAGCAGUGCUGGCUGACAUUUGACUGCAGCCUUCCUGAAAGAUCCUAAACCAGAGCCACUAACCAGAGUUGCUUCCAAAUUUCAGACACACAGUUACAAGUUAAUAAAUAUUUAUUGUUUAAAGCCA